AUGACAACUUUAGAUCGUUCUUGUAUUUUGGGUAGAGAUUAUAAAAUCAUACCGUCAGGCACGUCCUUCCUUCCUCUAGCUGUUCUUGGUGGUAGCUUAGAUAUUGUAAAAGAAUUAAUUCGUAGCGGUGCAGAUGUGAACUGCUUUUCCGAAUUUUGGGAAACACCUUUAUAUCUAACAGUUAAAUCAGAUCGCUAUGAAUUGGCAAGCUUACUAGUGAGAAAUAGAGCGCAAGUUAACCGACGAGGCUGGUUUGCAAUGAAGAUUCCGAUAGUAGUCGUCACUUCAAACAAACAGGAAUUUACUAGUUUGAUUCUUGAAUACGAUUCAAACCAGACUGAGCUUCAUAAAGCAGUCCGACAUAACGAAUUAGAACAUUUGAGAUCAAAUAUUCGAUCCGAAAAUAUUGAUUCUAAAACAAAGAGUGGAUGGACAGUCCUUCAUUACGCCGUAUUGUUAAAUAAUUUAGAAGCUGUGCAAGUUUUAUUUCAUGAAAAAUUGUUCCAAAAGCAUCUUCCAAAUGUUGACCUUACGCAUGAUAAGCAACGAAAAUUGUUGUAUAGAGAAUAA